AUGGAAGCAUCUCCUCCCCAGGUGGGCAUUAACUACCACCGCCGACCAUCGCGUGCCGGCGGAGACCCUAGCCAAGGUCACCCGAGCCGUGUGCAUGCUUUCGAAACGACCACCGCCAUUGCGAGGCUGGGCGCGACUUCGACCACAAGUUCCAUCUCAUGUACGCCAAGAGGCCUUCGUGCACUGUAUGUUGGUGAAGGGAUGGAAGAAGGAGAAUUCUCAGAAGCUCGCGAAGACUUGGCGGCUCUCGAGAAGGACUAUGAGGAAGUGGGCGUGGACUCUGCCGAUGCUGACGGAGAGGUGGAGGGCGACGAGUAUUAG